AUGUUUGUAUUUGUCCUCAGCUACCAAGAGCUUCGCUGGUUUGAAGGAGCAGAGGUCAGAGACACACAGCCAAAUUUGGAGUGCUGGUCGCCACGCUGGUUUGAGCCACACAGGCAGAAUCGCCCACCCCCCAGCCCUGUUCCCGACGAGAGGCAUCACAAGAUGGAAGCGCUUAUUUCUCAACAGCUUUAUGCACUGUGCCACACUAACACACCUGAACCUGUGCUGCCACUGCAAUCUAGGGCUUUUUCAAAAAGUGUCAACUUUGAGAAUCAAGGUGAAAGAAACUUGAAACCAACAUCAAAAAUGGGGAAAUCUCUUACAAGGCAGGUGGCAGGCAGCGAGGCGGAGGAGGCGGAGAAGGGCAGGAUGAAGAAGACGAUCAUUAAAGAUUGGAAAACGAGACUGAGCUACUUCCUGCAGAACUCCUCCAAUUCAACUAAAAUGAAAUCUAAGAAAGUGGGGAAACACCGCACCUACUUCAGACCUUCCCCUGAAGAAGCCCAGCUGUGGUCAGAAGCCUUUGAUGAACUCCUUGCUAAUAAAUGUAAAUUCCUGAAUUGAUUUGGUCUUGCUGCUUUCCCAGCUUUUCUGAAGUCCGAGUUCUGCGAAGAGAACAUUGAGUUCUGGUUGGCUUGUGAGGACUUCAAGAAAACCAAGUCACCCCAGAAGCUGACGUCGAAAGCAAAAAAAAUCUACAAUGACUUUAUUGAAAAGGAAGCUCCCAAAGAGAUAAACAUAGACUUCCAAACCAAGAACAUGAUUGCGCAGAAUAUUCAAGAAGCCACUCAUACCUGCUUCAGUGCGGCACAGAAGAGAGUUUACAGCCUAAUGGAGAAUAACUCAUACCCACGGUUUUUGGAGUCUGAAUUCUAUCAGGAGUUGUGCAAGAAGACACCCAUCACCAGAGCAGCCCAGGGGACAUGA